UGCCCGGGCGGCCGCCACAGUCCCGGCGCCGUAGCGGGGCGUGGGGUCCAGGGGGCGCUGUGGCCCAGCGGCGCCGGCGGCAGGAGCGGUCGCCGCGACGCUGGAGGCUUCGCCGAGGAUCCCCUCCUGCAGCACCUCGGUCGUCCCGCCGCAGCCUCGCGCCCCCCGCCCAGCUCAGCGGCGUCCCAUCCGGGAUCCGCGUGGCUGCGGCGGCUCGGGAGCCCGAUGCGGCUCGGCGGGCGCUGGGCCUCAGCAGCAGUAGCGGCGGCGGCGGCGGCGGCGGCGGCGGCGACCACAACCCCUUCAGGAGUGCGAGGCUUCGCGGCAGCGCGGGGGGGCCGCACCGGUGCCCUCCGGAGCAGGCCGUCGGCUCAGGGACGACCCCCCGGCCAUGCUGAGGCGGCGGCAGCCGCUGCCUGAGGAUACACAGAGCGUAUUGAAUCAGCAGGACUGGCUGGUAGUGAAGCAAUCAUCAUGAGUAAGCACAGAGAAGUCUGUGCCUUAUCACAUGUAUAAAGGGAAAAAGGUUUAAACAUCUCUCUUCAGUGGUGUUUCCUUACCGAUGGAGAAUUACUUCCAAGCAGAAGCUUAUAACCUGGACAAAGUGUUGGAUGAAUUUGAACAAAACGAAGGACAAAGAGAAAUGGAGAGAGGAGGCGAAGACAGAGAAGAGGAGAGAAAGACAGACACCUGCAGACCUGCUUCACCGCCUGUGAAGCGACUUCCCUGCAGAUGAAACGGUUCCCCCUAUCUUGUUGGAUACAAAGUGGAAUAAGAUUGUAGAUUCAUCUUCUCACCGACUAUCAUUUAACUCUGCACUGACCAGUGUGAGUGAACCUGCAGCUCCUAAUGAGUCAGAGCCAAAACUGAAAGUCUUCUCCCUGGCUCAUUCAUCUCCUCUGAGCACAGAAGAGGAGGACCAUUCUGCUAAUGGACAAGACUGUUGUCUGAAUCCAGAAGUCUCCGCAAUGUGGAUUGAUGAAAGCGUUGUUGCUAAAGAUCAGUUAAUUAAGAGGAACUGUAACCAAGAUGAUCAGUGUAGUGCUGUUGAAGUGGGAGAGAACAAAUGUGGAAACCUAGCUUGUUUGCCAGACGAUAAAAAUGUUCUUGUUGUAGCUGUCAUGCAUAACUGUGAUAAAAGAACACUGCAAAGUGAUUUACAGGAUUGUAACAAUUACAAUAGUCAAAAUCUCAUGGAUGCUUUUAGUUGUUCACUGGAUAAUGAAAAUAGACAAACCGAUCAAUUUAAUCUUAGUAUAAAUGGGUCCACUGAAAAAGAUAUGAACUCAGAAAAGCAAAUGGAUCCCAUGCCUAGACCAAAUACAGAGGGGGAUUCUGUUAAACAUCUAUGUACUACGUCAUCUGAUAAUCUAGCCAGUAUCUGUUCUCCUUUACAAUUAAAGGAUGAUGAGAAUAUAGGUAGAGACCCCUCCACAUCUGGGAUUUCAAGUGUAGUAGUUGAUUCAGUAAUCUCAUCCCAGGUUGCUGAUGAAGAUUCUGCUGGUAAAAAGCAAGAGGAGGUCCUUAUGGGUAAAACUGGCUCUCCAACACCAGAUCUGGGAAGUCCAAAUUCCUUUUCUCACUUAAAUGAGGAGAUUUUAAUGAUGGAAGAACCAGCAGAGGAGAGAACAAUUGAAGAAUCCGUUCAAUCUGGUUUGCUUCUUAAAUCAGACAUACCUAGUGGUUCUGGAAGGGAUGAUUACUGUGGACAGUUUUCAGAUAGCUUGAUGCCCAGCGAUGAAAACAAAAGUUGUGAACCUGAAGAAAUUCUUGGCACUACAGACUUAAACAUGACAGAGCAUUUCUCUGACUCUCAGGAGAAGACUAAUUGGAAAUUGACUAAACUAAAUGAGAUGAGUGACAGCCAAGUAAAUAAAGAAAAUGAGAAAUUUGUACAGAUGAAUCAGCCUGAGGACACUUGCAACAAUAACGGAGAAUGUAAUAGAGUGGCAGAAGCAAAUCUAGAUUUAAAAGGAACUUGCAUGAAAGAAAGUGAAGGAUGUGAUUUCUCCAGUGCUACGGAUACACCAGCAGCAAAUCCUCUAUCUAAUUGUGAUUCCUAUGGAAUGCAGAGCCCAGUUUGUUUUGUUCCAAAGACUUUACCCUCCAAAGAAGAUUCAGUAACAGAAGAAAAAGAAAUAGAGGAGAGCAAGUCAGAAUGCUACUCAAAUAUUUAUGAACAUAGAGGAAAUGAAGGCACAGAAGGGAGUGGAUUGCUUUUAAACAGCCCUGGUGACCUAGUGAAGAAAAACUAUUCACACAAUUUCUGUAGCCAAAGUCCAUCAAUGCUUGGACAAUCUUCACCUAAAAUAAUAGCAAACCUACAAUCUAUCAGUGUUCCCUUUGGUGGAGCAAGACCUAAGCAACCUUCUAAUCUUAAACUUCAAAUUCCAAAGCCAUUAUCAGACCAUUUGCAAGAUCUUCCUGCAAACAGUGGAAAUAAUAUUAAAAACAAAAAUGAUGUUCUUGGGAAAACAAAGUUAGGGGAAAACACAGCAACCAAUAUAUGCAACACUUCUUUGGGAACUAUCUCUAUUGCUGAUACAAAUGGGGAACAUUUAGAAAGUUAUGAGGCUGGGGUAUCCAGUAGACCGUGCCUUGCAUUAGCUCCAGAUAGCCCAGAUAAUGAUCUUCGAGCUGGUCAGUUUGGAAUUUCUGCCAGGAAGUCAUUUACCACUCUGGGUGAGGUGGCUCCAGUAUGGGUACCAGAUUCUCAGGCUCCAAAUUGCAUGAAAUGCGAAGCCAGGUUUACAUUCACAAAAAGAAGGCAUCAUUGCAGAGCAUGUGGGAAGGUUUUCUGUGCUUCCUGCUGUAGCGUGAAAUGUAAACUGUUAUAUAUGGACAGAAAGGAAGCUAGAGUAUGUGUAAUCUGCCAUUCAGUGCUAAUGAAUGCUCAAGCCUGGGAGAACAUGAUGAGUGCCUCAAGCCAGAGCCCUAACCCUAACAAUCCUGCUGAAUACUGUUCUACUAUCCCUCCCUUGCAGCAAGCUCAGGCCUCAGGAGCUCUGAGCUCUCCACCUCCCACUGUGAUGGUACCUGUGGGAGUUUUAAAGCACCCUGGAGCAGAAGUGGCUCAACCCAGAGAACAGAGGAGAGUUUGGUUUGCUGAUGGGAUUUUGCCCAAUGGAGAAGUUGCUGAUGCAACCAAAUUAACAACAAAUGGGACUUCUUCUGCAGGAACCCUGGCUGUGUCACAUGACCCAGUCAAACCAGUAACUACCAGUCCUCUACCAGCAGAGACGGAUAUUUCUCUGUUCUCUGGGAGUAUAACUCAGGUUGGAAGUCCUGUUGGAAGUGCAAUGAACCUUAUUCCUAAAGAUGGCCUUCCUCCCAUUCUCAUCUCCACUGGUGUAAAAGGAGAUUAUGCUGUGGAAGAAAAGCCUUCACAGAUUUCAGUAAUGCAGCAAUUGGAGGAUGGUGGACCUGAUCCACUUGUAUUUGUUUUAAAUGCAAAUUUGUUGUCAAUGGUUAAAAUUGUAAAUUAUGUGAACAGGAAGUGCUGGUGUUUUACAACCAAGGGAAUGCACGCAGUGGGUCAAUCUGAAAUAAUCAUUCUUCUCCAGUGUCUACCAGAUGAAAAGUGUUUGCCAAAGGAUAUCUUUAAUCAUUUUGUGCAGCUUUAUCGGGAUGCUCUAGCAGGAAAUGUUGUGGGCAACUUGGGACAUUCUUUUUUCAGUCAAAGUUUCCUUGGCAGUAAAGAACAUGGUGGAUUCUUAUAUGUGACAGCUACCUACCAGUCACUGCAAGACCUAGUACUCCCAACCCCACCUUACUUAUUUGGAAUUCUAAUACAGAAAUGGGAAACUCCUUGGGCUAAAGUGUUUCCUAUCCGACUAAUGUUGAGGCUUGGAGCUGAAUAUCGACUUUAUCCAUGCCCACUGUUCAGUGUCAGAUUUCGAAAGCCGUUGUUUGGAGAGACAGGACAUACCAUCAUGAAUCUUCUUGCAGACUUCAGAAAUUACCAGUAUACGUUGCCUGUAGUUCAAGGUUUGGUGGUUGAUAUGGAAGUUCGAAAAACCAGCAUCAAAAUUCCCAGCAACAGAUACAAUGAGAUGAUGAAAGCCAUAAACAAGUCCAAUGAGCAUGUCCUGGCAGGAGGUGCCUGCUUCAAUGAGAAGGCAGACUCUCAUCUUGUGUGUGUACAGAACGAUGAUGGAAACUAUCAGACCCAGGCGAUCAGUAUUCAUAAUCAACCCCGAAAGGUGACUGGUGCCAGUUUCUUUGUGUUCAGUGGCGCUCUAAAAUCCUCUUCAGGCUAUCUUGCCAAGUCCAGUAUUGUGGAAGAUGGCGUCAUGGUCCAGAUCACUGCAGAGAACAUGGAGGCCUUGAGGCAGGCUCUGCGGGAGAUGAAAGACUUCACCAUCACCUGUGGGAAGGCAGAUGCGGAGGACCCACAGGAGCAGAUCCACAUCCAAUGGGUGGACGACGACAAGAAUGUCAACAAGGGUGUCAUAAGUCCUAUAGAUGGGAAGUCCAUGGAGUCUAUAACAAGUGUGAAGAUAUUCCAUGGAUCAGAGUAUAAAGCAAAUGGAAAAGUCAUCAGAUGGACAGAGGUGUUUUUCCUAGAAAACGAUGACCAGCACAGUUGCCUGAGUGACCCUGCAGACCAUAGCCGACUGACCGAGCAUGUCGCCAAGGCUUUUUGUCUUGCUCUCUGUCCCCACCUGAAGCUCCUGAAGGAAGAUGGAAUGACCAAAUUGGGACUACGUGUGACCCUUGACUCAGAUCAGGUUGGCUAUCAAGCAGGGAGCAAUGGCCAGCCCCUCCCCUCACAGUACAUGAAUGAUCUGGACAGCGCUCUGGUGCCGGUGAUCCACGGAGGAGCCUGCCAGCUUAGUGAAGGCCCCAUCGUUAUGGAACUCAUCUUUUAUAUUUUGGAAAACAUCGCAUAGGCAAAGAGGACUUCAUUUUUUUUUUCUGUUCAGACCUGUUGCAACAGCAGUCAUACUCAAAUCAUUUGCACUUUAGAACUGGAAAAUUAAGCUUUUGUUAACACUAUUAAUGGGUGGGGGCGGGUGGGAGUUGGGGGGGCCGGGGUGGGGAUGGGUGGUUGGGGAGAUGGAUAUUCCAUAAUUCUAAAUCUCCUAUGCAUUGUCCACUAAGAAGAUCUGGACAGCUUCUGUUACUGCACCACAGUUAUGCUAUCCUUGCAGCUAACCCCUUACCGUUUAGGCAAGAAUUCUGCUCCUCUCUUUUAAGACUUACUCAUAGUCCUGUGAUCAAAGAUGCUCCACUGGGUAUGACCAUCAUCAAGGGUGGGUGGGAAGGCAAAGGGGGAAAUAAACAAUGAAGCAUCGCUCUUGCACACUUUGUACGGAAUUGAUAUAAAAAGGAGAAUUGUACACACUAA